GCACCGCCCUUCUGUUCUGUGCUAGAUUGGGUCUCCAACUUCCAUUUUCAAACCCUUCUUCUCUUCCAUCGCUUCCUUCUUCUUCUUAGGGUCUGAUCUCAUGGCAACUUCGUCAUCGUCUUCAAAAGGAUGGUUGAGAAAUCUGUACAAAUACGCAUCUCGCGUCUAUUUCUUGCUCAUCAUCCUUCAGGUCCCGCUUUUUAGGGUUCCAUGUAGAGCUGGAAUGUGCACAACACCCAUUCAUGUCACAUCUUCCCAACUGAUUGCAAGUGAGAUCUUUCCUGUUAAUGUUGUGAAGGCACUUCUAUAUCCUGGAGCUGUUGUAAAUGGUCUCCUCAAGAACAUGACUCUUCCAAGCUGGGGUAAUCUGGAAGACAUUUAUAACUUGACUGAUGUGAAGGGAGCCCCUGCAGUAACUGAUCUGCAACGGUUGGAGGUGCUUGCAGGCAGCUAUUUUUCUGUGUCAGGAGCAAUCAUUGGUAUUCUAAAACCUGGCAGGAUGAGCAUGUUUGGAACCCUUCUGAUAAUCUGGGGCCUUGUCAAGGAAGGGAUCCUUGGAAAGCCAGUGAAUACAGAUCCCACAAGAACUGUUUUUGUAUACCCAACAAUGUUGAUUGCGCUGGUUUGUGCCUUUUCAUCUGUCAAAUAUGAUUUAAAGAAGAUUGCGAGAAGUGCACCAGCACGUCCCGUUGCCAAACCGCUUCAGAGCUCAUCAAAAUCUAAGCUAAAAUGAAUUAGAAUGUAAUGGUUUCUGACCAAUGAAUUCUCCUUCGUAAUUGUUAUAGUUUGAGUUCAAAUUGUGUAUGCGCUGCCAAAUUUUCCUAUGUAUUGUGUUCUUGUUCCUCCAGUAUCAUCGAUCGUCUUUGUUUAAGCAAGUUUCUAGUGCCA